AUGAGUAGUUGGUUGGGGUUCUCUCUGACUCCACAUCUGGGAGCCGAUGAUGAAGGUUUUGGGGGAGAAAACCAAGGAGGCGAGGGCGGUGGAGGAGGUGGAGGAGAAGGAGGUGAUUUUUCUUCACAUAUGUCGGUCAUGCCUCUGCGUUCUAAUGGUUCUCUGUGUGUUAUGGACUCCUUCAGGCAUUCUAAUGGUGAAGAGUGGAGAUAUGAGAACACCAUGGAUGCAGCAUCAAUUCCAAACGGAGAGAGUCCGAAGCUUGAAGAUUUCUUGGGUUGCUACUCGAGUUCUCAUUCCAAAGAGCCCAGUGUUUAUUGCCAAAACCAACAAGUAAGGAUCAAUGUUAACUCACCACCGAACUUCGAGAACUCAAACGGAGACAUUGAAAGAGGAGAAAAUCUUGCAAACCCAUCUCCAUUAAUCCCACGUUAUCAUUACAAUAACAACUCACAUUCUAUCAUCCCUACUACUCAUGAUCAUCUUCAAAGCUGUGAUCCCAGCCUAAACAAUGGCAUGUACGACCAUGUACCAUUUGAUGGUGCAACUUCAGUUUCUGGGUUCAAGUCUUGGUUGCGCCAAACACCAUUUUCAGUAGAGGGAGCUUCCGCUGAAGAAACUGACAGAAAUUACUUUCAGUCUCUCUCACUCACCAUGAGCUCAAGCUCACAGCCUGGCAUGUCCGUGGCUUCACCUUUGCAGAUGGCCGAUAACCGAAAGCGGCCGGUGGCCAAAUCUGUGACCAGAGAACCGGUGCCUCGUAAAUCAAUUGAUACUUUUGGGCAAAGAACUUCUCAAUAUCGUGGCGUUACAAGGCACUUGGAUACUCAUUUUUCUCUAAUCUUUUUUUUUUUCAGAUACUGCAUCGAUGGACUGGGAGGUAUGAAGCCCAUUUAUGGGAUAAUAGCUGCAGAAAAGAAGGACAGACAAGGAAAGGAAGACAAGGUGAGAAUGAUCAUGAAAUUACGUUCUCAUCACAGCAUAUCUUGGCAUUUUGAUUUAUUGUUUGCUUAUUCUGCAUCAGGUGGUUAUGAUAAAGAGGAAAAAGCAGCUAGAGCUUACGAUUUAGCUGCUUUGAAGUAUUGGGGUCCAACUACCCAUAUAAAUUUCCCUCUAAGCACUUAUGAGAAAGAGCUUGAAGAGAUGAAAAACAUGAACAGACAAGAGUUUGUUGCCAAUUUAAGAAGGAACAGCAGUGGUUUUUCGAGAGGAGCCUCUAUGUACAGAGGAGUGACUAGGUUGUGCCAGGAAAAAAAAAACCACCUUUAUGAUAAAGUCUCCAUUAUUUACUGCAUUUUUGCAGCUUUUGCAAUUAUCGUGGACAAUAAUAGGCAUAGCCAAAUAUUAUUGCAUCAUCAGCAUGGAAGGUGGCAAGCUAGAAUAGGAAGGGUUGCAGGCAACAAGGACUUGUACCUUGGUACCUUCAGUAAGGUUUGUUCAACAUUCGGCAAUUUUGGAAAUCCACAAUUACUGUCAUCAAUUGCCUUUACAACUAACCAUUCAAAUGAUCCAGGUACACAAGAGGAAGCUGCAGAAGCCUAUGAUAUCGCGGCAAUCAAGUUUAGGGGAACAAGUGCUGUGACCAAUUUUGAUAUUAGUAGGUAUGAUGUAAAGAGGAUAUGCUCAAGCUCAACCCUGAUUGCUGGAGACCUAGCCAAGCGUUCCCCGAAGGACUCUGCUCUUGCUCCCCUUGAGGACAAUAACUCUUGUGCCUCAUCAACUUCUCCUCAGCAGUCACUUCUGGCAAUAUCAAAUGGUGACCCCUCCGAUGGAUUCACCAACAUGGUGUGGAACACUAGCCCUGAUGAACAUCAGCAUCAGAACACAGAUGGUAACAAUGGACCUAAUGGUGUACCCUUGGUGGGUUCAAACAGCAUGAACUCCUCUUGCCCACAAAGCCCUAAAUGCUCCGGUUCAGGUUCGGUUGAAUUGGUUGGCGAGUCUGCUGUUGGAGGAGAUUAUUCUCAAGCAUAUUUCUCAUUGCAAGGACCAAAGUAUGGAGAUGGUGACAAUGGAAGCGAUCCCACAAGCACUUAUCAGCUAGGAAAUUUGGGUAUGGUUCAUCAAGCACCUAUGUUUGCAUUAUGGAAUGAGUGA